GUGAUGUGACAGUGGCCGCACGAUCCGAUCUCCGUUUAGAACGGUCACUUGUGAACAUGACCAAGCAGAGCGGGGAGAAAGUGAACAUGCGCUGCGAUGUGAAAGGACAAGGCCCUGUAUACUUCAGAUGGUACAAGAACGAAGCCCCAGUUGAAGAAGAAAAAGGUCGCGUAGAAAUAAAGAAAUAUAAUCCUGGCAACGGUCGUGUGGGUUCGAGAUUAAGAAUUUGGAAUCUCGAUAUUCACGACACGGGAUAUUAUAAAUGUGAAGCCCAUGCUGGUGCAGAGGCUUCUGUUAUGGGAGAUUCUGAUGGACCAAGUCAUCUGCCUAGGGUGGAAUCUACGGGGAUUCUGAAAGUUGUUGCAGGUCGAAUUCAACCUCCAGCAACGAUUCCAAAUUUCCCGCCAGUUUUUCCACAUUUCCCUGCUCUUGGUGGAACUAUACCAGAAGUUGAACCUCAGGGCUCUCUUGGAUUCUGUCAACUGUAUCGGGGAGUAACAUGCGUCCAGUACAUCGGGAAUCGAUCGGUCUACGUGAAACCUCCGUUGACUCUCAGCCUCAUGGAAGAGAAGCUGACCGCCGCAUUUACAGUCGUUGCUACAUCACACGACGUGUCAGACGAGUGCCACAAGUAUGCCAUUCCGUCCUUGUGCUUCUUCGCAUUUCCUUUGUGUGACACGGACAGUCCCUAUCCCAUACCACGCCAAGUUUGCAGAGAUGAAUGUGAAGUUCUGGAGAGUAAUAUUUGCCGAAUGGAAUAUUCCAUCGCUAAAAGACAUCCGCUGCUUGGACAGCAGAAGAUACUCCCCGUCUGUGAGGAACUGCCACCUGUUGGAUCGAAAGAGAGUGAAACGUGCAUGCGUCUUGGCAUUCCAAGUGCUGUGAUAGUGGAUAGAGAGGAUACUUGUUUUGAGGGUAAUGGUGAAAAUUAUAGAGGUACAAUGUCAACCACAGUUUCUGGUUAUAAGUGCCAACCGUGGAGUGAUCAAAUAUUCUAUAAAACUGCUGAUUAUCCUGAGCUAGUUGGUGGUCAUAGUUACUGUCGAAAUCCUGGUGGCAAAGAAACUCAACCCUGGUGCUUCACUAAUGAUCCUAGUGUGAGGAAAGAACUAUGCAAUGUUCCUCAAUGUGUGGAUUACCUAUGGCUCUAUAUUCUGCUUCCUACUAUUGCUAUGGUGGCACUUCUUGGUCUCUUACUCGGUUUAUGGUGUGUUCGCAGACGCACUAAACCUUCACCAAAGCCCCCUAUGAAGAAUGCCAAGUCACCUGCUCGCCCAGUAAGCCAUCCAGGUCCGCACCAACAAAUGGAAAUGAAAGCACUCAUACCACGAGCUAACUUACGAGUACCUGAAGUACCUUUGAACUCUAUUCGGUUCCUACAAGAACUUGGUGAAGGAGCUUUUGGCAAGGUGUACUGUGGUGAAUUAUUGAGCUUGCAUGGUAAUGGCACUAUUACUGCUGUAGCCAUUAAGACAUUAAAGGAGAAUGCUACACUAAAGACUCAGCAAGAUUUCCAAAGGGAAGCUGAACUGAUGUCUGAUUUGCACCACCCGAAUAUAGUGUGUCUUUUGGGAGUUUGCAUGCGAGAAGAACCUAUGUGUAUGCUGUUUGAGUAUAUGUCUCAAGGAGAUUUGCACGAAUAUUUGAUUUUGCACUCUCCUAGGUCCGAUGUGUCUGCUAGCAGUGAAGACGGUACACCAAGAAUAUUAGAACUUCCCGACUUCUUGCACAUUGCAAAGCAGAUUGCAGCUGGUAUGGACUAUCUGUCCGGAAACCAUUACGUGCACAGAGAUUUGGCUGCUAGGAAUUGUUUGGUCAGUGAUAAUUUGACUGUAAAAAUCUCCGAUUUUGGCUUGUCCCGUGAUAUAUAUUCUUCUGAUUAUUACAGAGUUCAAUCAAAAUCUCUUUUGCCCGUAAGAUGGAUGCCUAUCGAGUCUAUAUUGUACGGGAAGUUUUCUACUGAGAGCGAUGUUUGGUCGUUUGGAGUUGUUUUGUGGGAAAUAUUCAGCUAUGGCUUGCAGCCCUAUUAUGGCUACAAUAACCAGGAAGUUAUCGAUAUGAUUCGGUCACGCCAGCUAUUACCUUGUCCUGAAGAUUGCCCGGCUCAUAUAUAUGCAUUGAUGGUUGAGUGCUGGCACGAAAUUCCUCCUCGAAGACCUACCUUCAAGGAGCUUCAUACACGCCUUUCCUCUUGGUUAGAUAUUCUGGAACUAUCCAGAAAUUCGAGAGAUCACUCGAGGACUAUUAGCACAGCUCAUUCAACCAGCACAGCACAAAAUGGAAGUCAGCACAGCAGCACAGGGCCUAGCAAUAAUACAGGCUCUACCAACAUGACAAAUAUUAGCACUGCUACUGUUCCAUCAACAGGUAUUCAUGUUCCUGUUUUUCCCCAAGCAAUAUUCUCUAAUGCUGGAAAUAAUAUACUUCAACAGAAACUUGCCAAUAACCACCACUUAGUUCACGGUCCUCACAUCUUAUCAAAUCCACUCCCCAACGAUCAGCUGAGUGUGAUGUCACUUCCAAGGCCGACAACACCCAAUAUCAGGCAGCUACCACCUCAGAUUAUUCCUCCAUAUCACAUGUCCGACGGGAAAAUAUCAAAAGUGUAACCUCUCGGGGCUUUUAGAGAAAGUGAUCAAAUUUAAACUAUGCGUUUUUCCGGUGAAAGGAAAAACUAAAACAAGGUUGUAAAAUAACUUUAGGUUAAUCUUGGCUGUUUCUCUGGCCAGAUGGAACAUUUGUUCGAGAGUUAAAUAGCUUCAAACCAAAGUUGAGUGAAGUUGCUGGCAACACAAUGCUGGAAGCUCGAAAGUUGCUAAAAGAAUUCAAAUAGAUAAUGAUUUUUUUACUUCUGACCAACUGAGAGCUUUAUUUUGCAAAGUUUUUACUCAGAGCUUGUACUCUAUGUUACUUAGUCCAAUACACGGUUGAAAGCGGCUAAAUGGGUUUGUUUUUAAGUGGUACGUCUGUUUACUGCAAUUACUACCAUUUUAAAGUCAAGUGAAUGAAGAUCCAACUUAUUUAGGUGUUUUUACAUGUAAAAAUUGUGCUUUAAUGAAAUUUUAAAUGUGCUUCAAAAUAUCUAGACAUGGAAAUGGAUUUUGCCUUGUUUUAAUAGAAGAGAGUAUAAAUCUGAAAAAUAGAGAUUGCAUUUGAAGUAAAAAUAAUAAUAGCCAGCUGUGGAAAGUAUAGUUUAGAUCUAUCCGUGUGAAGAUUCACCAAUCUUCAAUGAAGUUAGCAGCCAAUGGUUGAAAAGAAUAGCUGUAAACUUGUAAAUAGGUUAUUCUCUUGCAAAAAAAGUAUGCAUUUAGUCCAAAACAAAUUUUUAAAAUUCAUUAAAACAAUUUCAUACUGUUGCUAAUUACAGCUGUGCCAACUUAGGUUUUAUUUUUUGUUACUGAGAAUUUUAAAAUUUAGGAAUUAUAAAUUAUAUUUAAGUCAAAAAGACUUGUACUUAAGUUUUCAUUUUUUUGUAGGAUAAAAUAAAUUAAUAAGUCGUAACAUCAAACCUCAUUAAAAUAGUUUUUAUUUACAAAUCAAAGAAUAAUUUUAGAUGUAAACAUAAGCUUUUGCCAUGUAUUAGUUUAGACAUUAUGUUCCAAAAUUAACACAUUAAUUAAGAAUAAUUUUAAUAGCUGAAUCAAAACAUCUAUAAUGGAGAGAGAAAAAUUGUUAAAUUUGAUAUUUUGAAACAUAUUGCUGUUCAGUUUUAUGUAAAUUCUUAAUCUAAUGUCAAAUUUAAUUGUGAGCACGUUUAACUACGACCUUGGGUGGUUAAAUUCUCAAUUUGUGUAGCUGGUCUACUCAAUAAUUAACAUAAUAUCGUUCACUUAGUUAUAUUUUACAUAAAUUCUUAAUGCUCAUUUCAGAAUAUUUAAUUUCAAGUUUAUUUCUGAACAUGCUACAAGUCUACCAAUCUAAGUUGAAUUCCGGUUAUGUGUUGCUGUCUAUUUUA